AUGUCGGGAGUUCCUAAUCCCACUGCUAUAAGAGUGGAGAAGGUCGCACCUCCAAUAACAUCAGAAGUUUCUCAAGCACAAAAUAUCACAGUUGUUUCGCGUUUGCCCCCAAAUAAAGGCAUUCAGUAUGCUCGUCCGGCGCACAAUCUCAUUACAGCUCCACGUGAUUCAGUUGUUUCUACGGCUUCUGUUGUUGUUAUACGACCUCUUGGCAAUUCAUCGACUCCAGUGAAUGUAACUGCUGCUUCUACCACAGGUUUGAAAAUCACUCCUAUCGGCCCAUUAAAAAUAUCUGCCAUCCAAUCGACAUCGAAUGCAUCACGUCCUAGUUCCAUAUCAUCUCAGCCGCAAAGUAGUUCAUCAGCAUCGCCUGCAAAGGCGACUAAUCUCAUCACACAUUCCACUCAACCUCAGACUAUUCAAUCGGGUAGUGCCGUACUCAGUGGUUUGGCUGGAAAUUCGAAAGUGCCAAUAACAAAUCAGACGGAAGAAAAGCAAACGUCUCAACGCAAUAUAAUAAGAGAAAUGCAGGUUAGGGUUCCAAACAAGAAAGAUAAGCGUUUCAGUGUACUGCGUUUCCAUGCAGCUGAUCGAAUUGAUUUGUCAUCAGGUCCUGAGGUUUUUAUGCAACGCGAAAAUAACCUUAAAGCUUUCCGAAGCUUGUACGGAACAACUGAAAUGCCAGAUAUAGGGGCUGGCAGUGAAUUCGGUCGGGAAGCUAAAGAAGAGGCGAGGUUAAAGAAAUAUGGUGUUGUACGCGAAAGCUAUAAACCAGACGAUCAACCAUGGCUAAUGACUGUUGGGAAAGGCAAGGCUAAUCGCCGUCGUUUCAGGGGAGUUCGAGAGGGUAGUGUAUCAGAGAAUGUAGAAUACUUUGUGUUUUGUCAAUGCAAAGAUGGAAAUUUCGAUGCCUAUCCAGUAAACGCUUGGUACAAAAUGAAACCGGAGAUAAAUUAUCGUUUUCUUAAAGAAGAUGAAGCGGAAGCAGAAUACAGUCGUUUACAUAAAACACUGAAUCUGUUUAACGUUAUGGUUAAACGAAAACUUACAGAUAAUGCUGGCGAAGAGGAUGCCGAUAUGGACCGUGAAAUUUCAAAGGGGUUGAAAUUUCUGUCUUCAUUGGGGGAUGUUAAUUCAAGCCAACGGAAUAAAACAGAACCGAAAUCCAAAGAUCUGAAGUCAGAGAAUGCCUUAAAGCUUACCGAUUUAGAUGAAUUGGACACUGGUAGUGAAGCGGACGACGAUGAAGAUGAAGACGACAUGGAUGAUGAAAAUCAUCAUGCAAAAAGUGCAAAUACUGAUUCAACUAAAGCAGAAGAUGGUCUAAGUUCUUCUAGUAAAAUGAAAAGCCUUUUAUUUGAUGAUCCAGAUGAUCGCAGUAAAUCAGGAUCUAAAGGUGGACUUUUAAAAGCUUCUGAACGUAUUCGACUAGCAAAGAAAAAACAACGUGUAGCUGCUAUUGUCACAAAAAUGCGACGUGGUGUAAAACGGCGUAAACGAAAAACUGUCAAUAUGAUGGGCUCCUCAGAGGAAGAAGAUGAUCCCGACGAAGAAGCACAAGAUGAAAGUGAAUUAGACGAUCAUGAAGGCGAUGAAGUCGAUUAUAUGACUAAUUCAUCAUCAGAUGAAGAGAAAUUGCCUAGCGAAGAGCGUGAAAAAAUCUAUGAAGAAACUGGAGUAGACGAAGAACUCGCAUUGAAAGCUCUUCUCACUGAUAUAAGCAGUGAAGAGGAGGAGAAAUCUGAAAAUGAUGUACCAGAGAUAGAAGAGGAUUCAGUUGAUGAAGAAGCUUCCUCCAAACGACGUAAUGAAAUAGAUAAUGUCAGAAAGGGAAUAAAAUCUUCAUCAACCUCUCAUAAACCAGAUGCAGACGAGGAUGGUGUUGGUGGAUUAGAUUCCAGUAAAAAAUUACAUCGAAAUCAUAAAAAACGUCAAAACAAUGGCUCAGAUGAAAAUGACAGUGGAUCGUCAUCUAGUUCAAGUUCAUCUUCAGGCGAUGAAGAUUCUUCGACAUAUUCUUCAUCUGAUUCUGAAUUAGAUAAUCGACUAAAGUCAAUACAGAAAAAUGUGAAAAAAGCUGAAGUCAUACAAAAACUUCAAGAAACAAUCAAUGCCUCUUCACUUACAUCCGGAGGUAAUAGUUUAUCUGACAAUCAUCAAAUAACAAGUGGUAGUGGUGGUAGUUUGAAACGUUUACCUGGUAGUGAUUUGUCUACAUCCGGCGCCGGUGCUUCUGCCGCAGCCACUUCCACUUCAGACACACUUUUAGACUCUCCGGCGGCAAAAAAACCACGUGCUGAUGGCAUAACAUCCUCCGCCUCCUCCUCCAAUGCACCUGUGAACUCAUCUGAUAAUGAAUUAGUCAGUACAGUAAGAAAGUAUUUAAUGCGAAAACCUAUAACUGUCAGGGAAUUGUUGAAAAAGAUUCGAUUGCGUAAAUUAGUCAGUAAAAAUGAAGAUGCUCAAACUGUCCUAGCUAAUGUAUUACGUCAGUUAAGACCUAUUAAGCAGACAAUUAAUGGACAACAUGUUCUAUCCUUGAAAUAG